AUGCCAGAUUCCUCUUACGAUGACUUUAUUGAGUCUUUAAACCGAGGGGCCAGUGCGUCAGAGUACUCGGUUGCUCCUUCCACCAAAAGAAUUUCUGAAUCUAUCUCGACACAAAAGACCAAAAAGCAAUCUGUGGAUAAAACCGUCGAGUUGGGAAUUACUGAUGUCCAGCGGAUCGAACACUCGUACCAGAUAAUAAAGAAGAACUUACGAACCUUGCUAGAUGAAUGUCCUGAUCAACGCCAAUUAAACAAAAUAGUCGUUUCUGAUGCAAUCGAUGAUGAAACGAAACAGGCCAUGUUAUUGAACAAGUCAGUUUGGCUGGCUUCAUCGUUAAAAUCCAUGUAUUUGGACGGUGAGAUACCUGUUGUGGAUUCGAUACUUGCAGAUGGACUUAGCUACAGUCCUAAACUGGCAGGUGAAACAAAAGCUCCAAAUGGGACAAAGAGAAUUGCGGUACCCACUGACGACGAAAACAACCAAGUUGAAGGCAUUCCUCCACUUCCUACCAUCAAAGAUCCAGAGCUAGCUGCGCGGGUUUUCGUACACAAAUCCACUACUAAUAGCAAAUCGUACUUGGCCAUGUCUGAGCUCAUCAACUCUCAUAACGAAAGACUUGAAUUUUUAGGUGAUUCUAUUUUGAAUAAUGUGGUCACUUUGAUCAUUUUUGAACAAUUUCCCACAGCCUCAGAAGGUGAGCUCUCUAGAAUCCGUGCGCUGCUCAUCAACAAUGCUUUCUUGACGGAAUUCUCAUUGGCGUACGGCUUUGAUAAAAAGUUGAAAAGUAAUAUUAACGAGGAAGAUUUACGCAAUGGCAAACAAAAGAUCUAUGCAGACUUGUUUGAAGCAUACAUAGGUGCCCUUAUUAUUGAUCGCAAGUACGAUAUUACCGAGAUCAAAGCGUGGCUCAAGAAGCUCAUGAAAGACAAAUUAGGUUCCAUUGCGAGAGACAUGAAAGGCAUCAAGGAAGUCAAUAAAGACGCAAAAGCUGAAUUAUACUCACUCAUUGGCACCGCAGCAUUACAUCCGCAGUACGAAGUGAUUGUUGAAGGAGACGGAAGCGAAAAGCAGUUCGAAAUAGCUUGUACCAUGAACGGUGAAAUAUUGGGUGUUGGACGAGCGCCAAGUCACAAGGAAGCAGGAUUGCGGGCUGCGAUGCACGCUCUCACCAAUAAACCAGUAUUGACAAAAUAUGGCCGUUUACGCUCCAAUACUGAUCGUUCUGUGUCGGUGAUCAGCUCCACAAGAAGACUGGAAUCUCCAAAAGUGGAGGCAAGAUUUAACAAACUUGAUAUAGUCGAUCGCCAGUUUCCGUUGGUUUCUGAUGGAAGUGAGGUGGUUGACGCUGAUGCUAGAAACCAGCUAUAUGCCAUUGUCACCAAAAACUUGGGUCCUGAUGAAAUUCCACAAUAUCAAGUUGAAGAAAUAGAUGGCAGUUUUAAGGCAAGGCUCUCAAUUCGAGGCCGAACGCUUAGCACUGCCGUUGACGUCUCAAAGAAGAAGGCUCUGAAUCGUUGUGCUACCUUAUUACUUCGGAACAGAGCCGCUUUGGAACGAGCUAUAGCUGCAUUUAAAUAG